AUGUCUUCAGCUCUUACGACAUCCAUUCCCUGGCUAACAAGUCUUCCGGCUGGCAUAAGCUUGACAGGAAAAGUCUUGACUACCAAAUCUUCAACGACCACAUAUAUACUCCAAGCCAAAGAUGACGAAGCUGGUGACUCUUUCUCCCUUUCCGUCACCGUUGAGCCACAAGACUCAACAUACAAUUAUGAUUCCGUCUUCACAAGAGUUUACAAGGAGGGCAACGAGGAUGCUAAGCAUACUGUGAUAAACUCUCUUCAUUGUGAGAUGAGCAGGAAAAUGCCUCAGGAAUGCACCAUCAGCAUUGGAGGGGAAGAGUCAACGCAAGUUGCCUACACGGCUGGCGGGACGGAUGGCGUACUCCCAAGGAGUUUUGUUGAUGUUCGUGUGGUCAUCACGGGUGGUAUGGAGUAUAUUACCGGAAGCCCAUCAACCCCGAUCACUGCCAGUAUUACGUCGGGUCUUUCGACUGGGAAAGAAACGCAAGGCAGCGCAGCCGAUGCUGGUAUCACAAGCGCACCUACAUCUACAGCAAAUCCCACGACCUCCGUGGACGAGUCUAAACCUACAUCGGGUGCACUGUCAAGCCCAAGAAACGUCUUGAGGUCUAUUGCUUUGGCUGCAGUCGCGAUGCUGGUUGUUUCGCUAUGA